AUGGCCACCAAGGUACAGACAGCCCCCAGUCGUCUGUCACCAUCUCCAGAAUACAAAUCCAAGUCAUCUCGAAACAGCCCUCGCUCUCGCAACGGAUGUUGGACCUGCCGCACCAAAAAGGUCAAAUGCGACGAAGUACGGCCAAAAUGCUGCCGCUGCCUUCGCCUCAAGCUUCUCUGCGACUACUCACCGCGCAUGAAGCAGAGCACGGCCAACCGAAUACUCGGCGACAACAGCAAGGCCGUCACCAGGUUGUCCCAGAACCCUCCAUGUGCGCCCAAGCUGCCGAUACCCAUGUCUGAGCUGGCGAACAGCGCGUCCUCGAUCGAUCUGACGUCUGCAGAUCACGAGGCCAUUCGAUAUUACCGCACCACCUUUGCCAGAUUACACCACACAAAGAAUCCCGACUACGGCCUGUACGCCGUCAUCUUCAGCAUCGCCGAGAGGGAACCCAUUGUGAUGCGCGUCGUCCUCGCCCUCGGAGGCCAGGAACUCGAAUUCCGGAAGCGGCGCUCCGAAGAAGAGCUGGCUGGGACAUGCACCGUCACGCCCUUGCACCACUAUGCGGCGGCCCUGAGAAUGCUGGCCGAGGCCGUGGACGGCAGCCCCGGACCCGACGGUCGGCAGCUGGACCUGGACGCCAUCCUGGCAGCCAUCUUCCUGAUGCUCUGGUAUGAGCAGAAGUUCGGCGACGCGUCCUGCCGCGGCUUCGCCAACCAUCUGGCCGGCGCGGCGCGGGUCGUCGAGCAUCGUUGCCGCAACGACGUCUUCAAGCGUGCCCUGCAAGAGCCCAUGCGCCAGGAAAAGACGCUGGCCCUGGUGCGGAUGGGCGGUGACACCCGGGACAGAGAGAGCAUACUUUCCCAGUUCUCCGCCCGGAUGCUGAGUCAUCUCUGUAUAUACGACAGCAUGGCUGCUGGGUAUGGCCUGGGUGGCCGCCUGGUCGAGAUGCUGAGCCAGGCGCUGGCGUUCAGCAACAGCACGUUGCUGUAUGCAGACAAGGUGGAUUCGCUGCAUGGGUUCUCGUACGGACUCUACCGCGUCGUUUGGGCGCAGGACUACCCGCAGGAGGAGAUGCUUGACGACCUGGAGAACCGCACAAUCUACUGCCUGGCCUCGACGGUUGUGCAGCUACGAUUCAUGAUUUCUCGCCUGGAAAAUCUUGGCGUCGAGGCAGCCAGGGCGUGCCUCGCCGAGAUUGAGGCCGUGUACGAAGCUACUCAUGACAAGUUCGAGGAAAUCUUUGGCAUCGCAGACGCCCUCUCGCCCAGUUUUGACAGCGCAAACCGCCUAGUCGCCAACAUCCGCCAGAUCGUGCCGCAAUACUACGGCACCCAAAUCCAGCUGGCGCGUGCUGUCCGCAAGCUGGGACUGCGGAGUAAGCUGCCGGCCGAGGAGUUUGUCGGACUCGUCAUGUCGCUGUGCACGCAGGCGCUCCGGCAUAAUGGUAACGAUGCCAUGCUCAGCGUGGCCAAUACCCUAUUCGUGGCGGCCAUUGAGACGAGCGACGCCUCUCGCAGAGAUUGGUUCACGGCCAGGUUUCAGGCACUCUGCGCGUAUGGGUGCAACUAUGCCCGCGCCCAUCGAUUGCUGGUGCGCGCCUCGGCGACCAGGAGUCGAAGCGGCAUGGCUGGUCCCCUUGGCGAAGAGGAGGUUUCCGCCGCCAUGUAUUCUGAAAAUGGAGACGUCGAAAGAUUUGUCAUCUGA